GUGGCAUCGUACCAUGGACGGAAUCCAAAGUCUGAAAUGUUAUUGUUUACUGGUAUACGGAUAGGCAAAAAGAAGAUAAAAGACAGGGAAUUUUGCAUAGUGCCGCGUCAUCAAUGCUUUGCAACCGCUCCCCUUCUUUAUCUGCAGCCUACAGACUCAACAAAUGAUACCACUUGGAGAGUUUAUUGCACUGUCAGUAUAACGUAACCUAAAAUGUGUUAUGGUGGCUUUAUCGGACAGUUUUAUUUCCCUGGCUGGGCGAAGGACAGCUAUUAUAUACCUGGAUGAAUUGUCGACACUGUAUUUUAACUCGGGAAUGCAUAUUGUGGACUAGCAGUUGCAUUUAGGAUAUUUGUUUUCCCUUAUUCUGACCAUGUGGAAGUGUUGAAAUGCGCACGACAGUGGAUUCGGUUCCGCUUAUAAAUACUGUAUUUAAUAAUUACGGUAGUUCCGUGCUACAUGUUUUUUUUAUUCGAUGCGUUUAGUUGAUGGCGACAGUUUUAUGUGACUCAACUCAACUUCUUCACCUGCGGCUGUUCCCUUUGAACACGGUCAGCUUGAAGACAACGGUUUUACACACCACGAACUGUCAUUGAACAACCAUCCCGAAAGGAGUUACAAGAGAGUGGAACUUACUUUCUAAAACUUUGUAAUACCUCAACCAAAUUAUGACUUCGGUUUGGAAAAGAUUACAACGCGUUGGCAAGAAAGCUUCAAAAUUCCAGUUUGUGGCGUCUUAUCAAGAACUUGUGUUGGAAUGCACGAAGAAAUGGCAACCAGAUAAAGUCAGGGUGGUUUGGACCAGAAGAAAUAGGCGUAUGUGCUCUAAGCUUCAUGGAUGGCAGCCGGGCAUCAAGAACCCCUACAGGGGGAUGGUGGUUUGGCCCGUACCUGAAAACGUGGAUAUCUCCCUCACACUCUUCAGGGAUCCCCAUUCUGAUGUGUUUGAAGACAAAGACUGGACAUUUGUCAUUGAGAGUGAGACAAAGGGUCAACGUAAGGUCUUGGCUGCAGUGGACGUGAAUAUGAAGAAGUUUGCCAGUGCCACUCCCACUCAGCAAGACCUGACAUUGAAGCUGAAGCCCCUGUCUGUCAAGGUGCUGGAGGCCACUCUGAAGCUCUCCCUGUCCUGUGUGUUUCUCAGAGAGGGGAAAGCCACUGACGAAGACAUGCAGAGCCUGGCCAGUCUGAUGAGUGUCAAACCCACAGACAUCGGUAACCUUGACGACUUCAACGAGAGUGAUGAGGAGGAAGACAGGAGGUCUAGUGCUGGAGCUAGCAUUAGCAAAGCUGCCGCAGAGAUACAGAGGGAGUUGAAGACUCUCACAGAAGAGGACUACCACAGUCCUACUCUUGGUCCGAAACUGUCAGAGCAGCAGACGGCGUCUGUGUCCAGUGAGACCGUUCCCCUGGCUCUGAGAGGGGAUGAGUCUCCUCACUCCCCCAGGACCGUUGGUGCCAUCAGGAUCACGAACCAACAAGCCUCUGCUGAGAAAGCUGUGGGGUUGAAAGAUGCCAGUACUAUUAAAGGUUCUGGGCAAGAUGGCGACCCAGCAACUGGUGUUCCUGGCCCUAUUCACACAGAAGUCUCAACAGAGCUUAUUCCAGCGCUCCCUCCUCCAUGGCCUUUCUCUAGCCCAGAGACAGAAGCACCAGAGAGCACUACCCCUAAAGAGCCUUCUACCAACAUCAUGGGAGCUUUUAGUGCUGAUAACAUGCCAUUGGCUGAAAAGAAGCCUGACUUUAAACAGAAAUCCAAUGAGACCAAAGAAGUGUCUUCUCAACCUGCCAAACCAGAGGACAACUCUGCCUCAACCCCGGGUGAAAAACCUUUUAGUGCAGACAAGCCGCCAUUGGCUGAGCUCGACCUUGAUGACAUAAUCAUAGAGACGCCUGAUCCGUCAGUCAUGGCCGGUAACUUAUUUUUGGAGGACAAUGCAGAUGAAGAAACAUCAAAAGUGGGCGCAGUAAAGAGGUCACCAUUCAGCACCUUGAUGACUGGAAUGGAUCAUCAGGAUGGAAGUGUUGAACGGACAGCUGAUCCAGAGUCAACUGGAGUGCCGACAUCAAUGGAGCUCCACGUAGAGCACGGUCCAGUUGACACAAAGACACUUCCAGAGAUUGGAAACAUCACGUGUGGAGAUUCAGCUGAGAAGCACGCCAAAGGCCUAGAGCAGCCCGUUGAUAAGAAGCACGGGAAACAGAGCUCAGUGCCUCAUUCACCUUGUUUAUAUGACCUCAACAGGUCAGAUGAAGACAAGGAAAUUUUGAAAAACAUGGCAGCUCUGAAGGCAGGUCCUCCCAGCAAAGACAAGGAAAUUAUGAAAAGCAUGGCUGCCCUGAAGGCAGGUCCUCCCAGCAAAGACAAAGAAAUUAUGAAAAGCAUGGCUGCCCUGAAGGCAGGUCCUCCCAGCAAAGACAAGGAAAUUAUGAAAAACAUGGCUGCUCUGAAGGCAGGUCCUCCCAGCAAAGACAAGGAAAUUAUGAAAAGCAUGGCUGCCCUGAAGGCAGGUCCUCCCAGCAAAGACAAGGAAAUUAUGAAAAGCAUGGCUGCCCUGAAGGCAGGUCCUCCCAGCAAAGACAAGGAAAUGAAAAUGCCAAUCAAAGCGAAAAGGCCGUCAUGGACUGAGGAGGUUAUGGGCUCCAAAGAGAAUGAUAAGAAACAGAUGGACCAUCAACCCUGGGAUGAGAAGGCCUCAUUAUCACAAGCUGAUGAGCACAAAUCAGCCACUCUAGAAGUUCAAGUGAACAAGAGUGUAGAGGAGUUACAUAGUUCUGAAUGGAACGCAGCGAAAGAGGAAGCAGGCUUUUUGGAAGAACACAGAAGAGAUGCUAACUGUGUUCUGAAAGAGCGUUCUUCUGACCAUGUGUCAUCAAAAGCAGAAACAAUUCCCUUGUCAGUCAGUUUCAGUGUAGAUAAAACCAUAGAAUUAGAUGUACUAUCAAACAGUAGUUAUUCCAUUUCUAUGGGUAAAACCAUGGAUGCUACUCCAGUAAAUCUAGAGACACCCAAAAUGCCUGAUCCCCCGCAAUAUGACGUCCUUGAACCUAUGAUCCAAUUGAGAUUCACAUUAUACACCAUAGUUGAGGAUGCAAUGGAGAAUGUAGAACUGCCAGAGAAGACAGACCCACAGCCUCAGCCUCCAACAGUGGCCCUGGAGCAGCCAGAGGUUCCACUCUGGAAGGCCCUGGAGGAGAAAGCUAAUGAUCAGGAACCAGAGCAGGACUCUGGAGAAGUGAUGAUCAAAGAUGAAGUCCUCAGGGAGGAACAGGGGGAAGUAGAUGAGAACAUGUUAGUGCCAGAUGUAGAAUCACUGGAGACAGGCUCAGACAACGAUGUUAAACCAGAAGCUGCUAUUAUCAGAGUUGAGGGUCACAAGCAAAUCAUCUCAGAUGAAUCAGAGCUGCUCCAGAUGCCAGCUACCCCAGAGCCCACUACACAGUCUUCAGCUUCCCCAGAGCCCACUACACGGUAUUCUUCUUCCCCAGAGCCCACUACCCAGUCUUCUGCUACCCCAGAGCCCACUGCCCAGUCUUCUGCUACCCCAGAGCCCACUGCCCAGUCUUCAGCUACCCCAGAGCCCACUGCCCAGUCUUCUGCUUCCCCAGAGCCCACUGCCCAGUCUUCUGCUACCCCAGAGCCCACUACACAGUCUUCAGCUACCCCAGAGCCCACUACACAGUCUUCAGCUACCCCAGAGCCCACUGCCCAGUAUUAUUCUACCCCAGAGCCCACUACCCAGUCUUCAGCUACCCCAGAGCCCACUACCCAGUCUUCUGCUACCCCAGAGCCCACUACCCAGUCUUCUGCUACCCCAGAGCCCCCUACACAGUCUUCAGCUACCCCAGAGCCCACUACACAGUCUUCAGCUACCCCAGAGCCCACUGCCCAGUAUUCUUCUACCCCAGAGCCCACUACACAGUCUUCAGCUACCCCAGAGUCCACUACACAGUCUUCAGCUACCCCAGAGCCCACUGCCCAGUAUUCUUCUACCCCAGAGCCCACUGCCCAGUAUUCUUCUACCCCAGAGCCCACUGCCCAGUCUUCUGCUACCCCAGAGCCCACUGCCCAGUAUUCUUCUACCCCAGAGCCCACUGCCCAGUAUUCUUCUACCCCAGAGCCCACUACACAGUCUUCAGCUACCCCAGAACCCACUACCCAGUCUUCACCUAUCCCAGAGCCCACUACCCAGUCUUCAGCUACCCCAGAGCCCACUACCCAGUCUUCAGCUACCCCAGAGCCCACUACCCAGUCUUCAGCUACCCCAGAGCCCACUGCCCAGUAUUCUGCUACCCCAGAGCCCACUGCCCAGUCUUCUGCUACCCCAGAGCCCACUGCCCAGUCUUCUGCUACCCCAGAGCCCACUACCCAGUCUUCUGUUACCCCAGAGCCCACUACCCAGUCUUCUGCUACCCCAGAGCCCACUACCCAGUCUUCUGCUACCCCAGAGCCCACUGCCCAGUAUUCAGCUACCCCAGAGGCCACUGCCCAGUCUUCUGCUACCCCAGAGCCCACUACCCAGUCUUCUGAAUCACUUAGAAAACAGAUGAUUGAAGAGGAAAAUGGUAAAGAUAGUGUACCGUCAAUAUCGACUACACCCCUCCUGGAUCGCCCCGCGAAGGCUUUCGAUAGCUUCACCAUGGAGCACACAUUGCUGUUAGACACGCCUGUGUCAGUGGAAGGAGACAUUUCUCCAGCUGGAGAGUCAGAUGUUAAGAAGAAAGAGGGGCCAUGCGAUAUGAAGCAUCCUCCCAGUAGGGAGGCUGUAACUGAGGCAGAAAGGCCUCUGCUGGCUACUUUAGAGGAGGAAACUAAGGAGAAGGGGACAGAGGGAGUAGGCAUGAGCACAUUGGAGCCAACAAAGAAUACCUUGCAAACAGGAUCUGAGACGGCUGAGGGGAGGGGAAAGUCCAGUGACCUGGCUGUCCCAACAAGAUGCUCUAAGAAAGCUUCUCAGCCAUCCUCACCAGACACCACAACCCAGGGUAACAUCCAGGGUAACAUCCAGGGUAACUCAGGCAGUGAAGAGCCACAGUCCAAUGGACAGACCCCAGCAGAUAAGGAGGUCCCUUCUGGUCAAGCGUCAGAUACGGUUGUUCCUCCUCGACGCAGCAAGAAGAAACCUCUUUCCUUUCCUGUGGUCUUCCAGGAAGUUGCCCCAGAGGCUUCCACUCCCCCUGCGGACAAGGACGAAGCCCAUGGGAAGGAUGUGUUCGUCCUCAGCCAGGAGAUGCCUGGUCCUCUGCCCAGUCCUGGUCUCGUGUCCUCCAGCAGGUCUUUACUGGAGUGGUGCCAGGUGGCUACACAGGGUUAUAAGGGAGUGAAGGUCACUAAUUUUAACACCUCCUGGCGUAAUGGUCUGGCUUUCUGUUCCAUCCUACACCACUUCUAUCCCGACAAGAUAGCUUUUGAGGCACUGGAACCCAACGAUAUCAAGUUAAACAACAAGAAGGCCUUUGAUGGCUUCGCUGCGCUGGGCAUCUCCCGACUGCUGGAGCCCUCAGACAUGGUGCUGCUCUCUGUGCCAGACCGCCUGAUCAUCAUGACUUACCUGAGUCAGAUCCGCACCCACUUUACGGGGCAGGAGCUGAGUGUUCUUCAGAUAGAGCACAACAGCAGCCAGUCCAGCUAUGCAGUGACUGAGCCCAGUGAGGGUUCUGAUGUGGAUGCUGCUGCUCGCUUCUGUGCCCGCAAGCUACAGGAAGGUAGCAUCUCCCUGGAGGACAGUGCUACAGAACAGGCGCCCAAUGGGAGCAUAGUGCCACCCCCCCGGACUAAACGGGUGACAAAAGUGGAAGAGAAGGGAAGCGGAGCUGGGGAUUUGGAUGGGGGAACGGGAGAGACACAGACCCCCGUGCCUCCACCCAGGUCACACACCUCUGCAGCCAAAUCAGGAUUUGGUCACGUAAGAGACGCCGACCUGGUGAAGAAAAGGCGCUUGCGGCUGAAGAGUGAGUCCAUGGAUGAAGGGGAUGUGGUGGAGCAGCAGAGUAGCACAUUUAAGAGCACAGAGUCAGCUGAAAGUGUAUCAGACAGAGAAGUGAAGAAUGUCUCCUCAGAAUCCGAGUCAAGGAGCCCAGCACAAGUUCAGGAGUCCAGUGUCCCAAGCCAGGAGGAGGAUACUCUGGACACCAGUCAGUAUGUGCUGAGUGAGCUGCAAGCCCUGGAGACUGAACAGAAGCACAUCGACAACCGAGCAGGCAUCGUGGAGAGGAGACUCAGAAGACUGAUGGAAUCAAGUAGCGACCGUGACGAAGAAGAGAAACUGAUCCAGGAGUGGUUCACUCUGGUCAACAAGAAGAACGCCCUGAUCAGGAGACAGGAUCAUCUGGAGCUGCUGCAGGAGGAGGAGGACUUGGAGAAACGAUUUGAACUACUGAAUAGAGAACUUAGAGCCAUGAUGGCCAAUGAAGAGUGGCAGAAGACUAAGGCCCAGCAGCACCGGGAGGAGCUUCUACUGCAGGAACUGGUCUCUCUGGUCAACCAGCGGGACGAGCUGGUCAGGGACUUGGACGCCAAGGAGAGAGGGGCCGUUGAGGAGGAUGAGCGUUUGGAGCGGGGGCUGGAGCUUAGACGCAGGAACUUCAGCAACAAAGACAAGUGUGUGCUGCAGUGAGAGUAGGGACGACAAUGACAAAUAGCGCAGUGCCUUAAAUACCAACCCAUCUAGAACUAAACCUCCUCAAUCUCUGCUUCAAACCAAGCUCUCAGUCACUCAGCAACCUACAAUAUGAAACACUCCUAGACAAACAUGUCACCACUUCAACAAAUCCUUAACUGGGAUUUUGGGACUGAUCGUUAAUAAACAAUUAUACCCCCGGGGGUGCUGGGGCUGUGUGCCUUCCCUUUUGGAGAUACUUGAAGAAAUAAAUCCCUCUGUACCUUGAGGUAAGAGACUCUGGGAAGGUCGCCCAUCCAUGGAGUACUUUUGAUUGAGAAACGAGGACCUUUCCAAUUCAGUCUGUCAAUGUGCCUUACUCUGUCAUUCAAAAGACAGAAAGCCCACUGUACAAACAGAUGUGUUGUGCACUUUUAGACUGCCAUGAAGCAAAGAGGUUCAGAUAUAUAGGCCAUAAUGUUUACUUUUAUGUCUAUAAACAUCUCACUGAUCUCAUCAACAAUAUGAGAGAACUUUGCCUGAAUGCUUUGAUGGAACUGGCUAUGAAAUGAACGGUCUGGUGUUUAGACACAAAAUAAAUCAGUCCUCUGUGUAUACAGGAGGGUUUGGUAACAUCAGGCCUCUUUGUAUACAGGAGUGUUUGGUAACAGCAGGCCUCUGUGUAUACAGGAGUGUUUGGUAACAUCAGGCUUCUGUGUAUACAGGAGGGUUUGAUAACAUCAGGCCUCUUUGUAUACAGGAGUGUUUGGUAACAGCAGGCCUCUGUGUAUACAGGAGGGUUUGGUAACAUCAGGCCUCUGUGUAUACAGGAGGGAAUGGUAACAUCAGCUCUGUGUAUACAGGAGGGUUUGGUAACAUCAGCUCUGUGUAUACAGGAGGGUUUGGUAACAUCAGCUCUGUGUAUACAGGAGGGUUUGGUAACAUCAGCUCUGUGUAUACAGGAGGGUUUGGUAACAUCAGCUCUGUGUAUACAGGAGGGUUUGGUAACAUCAGGCCUCUGUGUAUACAGGAGGGUUUGGUAACAUCAGAUCUGUGUAUACAGGAGGGUUUGGUAACAUCAGCUCUGUGUGUACAGGAGGGUUUGGUAACAUCAGCUCUGUGUAUACAGGAGGGUUUGGUAACAGUAUCUCUGUGUAUACAGGAGGGUUUGGUAACAGCAGCUCUGUGUAUACAGGAGGGUUUGGUAACAGCAGCUCUGUGUAUACAGGAGGUUUGGUAACAUCAGCUCUGUGUAUACAGGAGGGUUUGGUAACAUCAGCUCUGUGUGUACAGGAGGGUUUGGUAACAUCAGGCCUCUGUGUAUACAGGAGGGUUUGGUAACAUCAGCUCUGUGUAUACAGGAGGGUUUGGUAACAUCAGGCCUCUGUGUAUACAGGAGGGUUUGGUAACAGCAGCUCUGUGUUUUACUUUGGACCCAGAUGUUUGAUGAAAGACUCAAGUUUAUGAGAGUAUCAUGUCUCUGGUGAUGACUUGUAAUUGUGUUUUAUCAAUCUUUCUAUUAUUUAUGGAUUGAACAUGUGCAUGAGAAAUGUUUGGGUUAGGUGUGUCAUAUUACAAGUGGCAUGAACAGUCAGAUCUAACCAGAAAUUAAAGAAAAAGAGAAUAGUGAAUAAAGGUGAAACUAGUUGUAGACAGAAGCUAGUAGUCCUACUUGGAAAACAUACAUACCAUCCUGUAUAUAAUACUGUAUGUCCCUCUAUUAUUCUCAGUCUCCCAAGUGGUGCAGUGGUCUAAGGCACUGCAUCUCAGUGCUAAAGGUGUCACUACAGGCCCUGGUUCGAUUCCAGGCUGUGUCACACCUGGCUGUGAUUGGGUGGCACACAAUUUUCCCAGUGUUGUCUGAGUUAGGGUUUGGCAGGGGUAGGCCAUCAUUAUAAAUAAGAAUUUGUUCUUAAGACUUGCCUAGUUAAAACAAAUGUAAAUGAAUUACCUGGCACUGCAGAGCUUUUAUUUUAUUUUAGCAAAGACCUUUAUUCUCUGUCAAAUUGUUUAGUAUUAAUAGUCAACAUUUACCAAUGGCUUGUUCAAUGUUAUGUGCUAUUUAUCAUAGAUGAUGAUUACUAUUAUUCAUGGUGUUAUUAAUAUUAUUAUUAUUUUCUUCUAUUUUUUUCAACUAUUUCAAUUUUUGUUUUGUUUUCUGCAUUGUUGGAAAGGGCCCUUAAGUAAGCGUUUCAUUGUUAGUCAACACUUCUUCUUUUUUUAUGAAGCAUGUGACAUGUUUUUUGGGGGGGGUAGAUCUGAAAAUGUAAUGAUGUGACAAUAAAGUAUUACUUUGUCCAAGCCUCUUUUUAAAAAGGAUACGCAAUGUUUUGUUUAAACCUGUGAAUGAUACAUAAUACAUUUUAAGAGUUUGUUUGAAUAUGGUUUCUCUAAUUUGUUGUCAUAUUAAAUUAUGUGGUACUUCUUCA